AGUUAGAAAAUAAUUUAAUAUUUCUUGGUCAUAACUUUCAUUUUAUUAUAUAUGCGUGAAAACUCAUUCAAUCUAGUUUUAUAUUAGGACAAAUCCCAGUUCGAUUGAACAAUUAAAAUGAUGGAAUUUUCUUUAACUAUUUCGCUUCAGUUACGGGGUUCAUAAAAAACACAGGUUCAUGUUACAUGCAUAUUAGCAAAUUUUUAUCAUCAAUAUAUAAAAGAUCAAUGUGUAAUGUGCGGAAAUGGUCGACUAUUAAACACACGCUAGGCAUAUAAUAAGGAUCGCAGUGAUAGAACUGACACUACUCUUUUAAUUUCAAUUUCCUACUCUUUUUAUUUCAAUUUCUAAGCAUCACCAGUGAGAGAGGGAGAGAGCAGAUUCAUGUCAACCCAGGCCUUUCAACUGGCACAAACUGUAGUGGUAGCCGUUCGCCCAUCGGCGGCCGCAGCAGCUUCUGGGUAGGUAAUAUAGUAAGAGGUGUUGGAGUCCUAAUUUGUACCCUUUGCUUUUCAUAACAAGUAUUUUAUUAUUUUGCUCUAUUACCACACAUUGACUUGUAAAAGGAAGACUAGUCAAAGAUAGCUUAACGGUAAAGCUGCCGCGACAAUGAAGGUUCGGGAGGUGCAUAUCUUAGGUUCGAAUCCAAGUGAGGCCCAUUGGUGUUCCCGGAGGUACAAGGCUGCUGGGAGCGAAGCCUAGUUGGCGUCGAAUUUGAUUGUAGGUGGCCCCCAGAUUUAGUAGGACCCGCUGUCACAAAAGUGGCACGCGGGGCUGAGGUUCUUAGGUAGUAAAAAAAAGGGGGGAGAGUAGGCUAUUUAAAGCCUUUUUUUGUGUCGGCUCUAACCCUAGAGAGGGAAUUCUCAAAGGACCAAAACUAGUGAAACAUAGUCGAGAGGUCUAACCUCUUCGUGGAUUAAUCUCGUACGAUUUGUACGUGGAUACCACAUAAAUCCUAGUGUUGUGAUUGUGUUCUUGUUUCUACGUUUAUCGAUUUUUACAUGGUAUCAGAGCCGUGAAGAGAUCCACAGUUUAUAAUCAUGCUGGAUUCGAACGUGGAUUCCUCUAUCAAAUCAAAGUUGAACGUUGAUCCUUCCGUGUCGAAGUCGAUCGCUGAUGAUCCGGCUAGUCCUCCGUCCCACCUUCAACUUCAUCAAUAUGAGAGCCCAAAUAACAUCUUUGCUGAGGAGCUUCUCACUGAUGUUAACUAUGGAGAGUGGGUGGUCGAUAUCACAGAUUCGCUCAUCGCCAAGAACAAAAUCUGCUUUGUUUAUGGUACUCUCCCACCGACAGUUACUCCGGGCAAGAAGGACGCUUUGAGGCGUUGUAACGCCAUGGUUAAGGGCCGGCUAAAAACGUCCAUGUCUAAGGAGGUACGUAACAGUGUUCGUUUUUCCCUUAGUGCUCGUGAAAUUUGGGUGGAUUUGCAGUCUUGUUUUGGGCAAGGAAGUACCUCUCGCCUCUAUGAGCGCAAACGCACCAUCAACAUCCUCCAACAAGAGAAGAUGUCUGUCUCGGCGUUCUAUACCAAGUCGGACUACGAGCAGCAAAUAAAAGAGCUAAUUAACUGCCUGCUAUGUUGCUGCUGCAACCGGUAGCAACAUUACUAUGAGUUUUAAUAAUGAAAACAGCCACGUUAUUACCCCGUCACUGAUCAUGGUACCGACGGAAAGCUCCAUUUCUCGACAGUUAGAGGAUUUUUGGUGGACAGGGGCUGGCUUGCAGGCAACUUGUUUUGGUCAAGUCAUUUGACAUUGAUUGGGACCAGAAAGCUAUCAGCUAUUACUACCUUGAUAAAAUAUAUGCAGGUUAAUAGCUGUUUUCCAGCGAGGAAAAUCUCUGGUGUUUGAUAUUCAUGCUUUGCACCUUGACUUCUUGAACAACGAUUAAUAACACGGUUCACUCCUCUUCAAACAAAGUUUGAACGAGGGUGUUUGAUGGUUUUGAUGGCUAAGAAAACUAAGUUAAGUUACUCUAUUGCUAUGGAGGUUCAGUGAGAGCUCCAGAAACUUAAAGUUACGACCAUGGCUACAUUGCAGAGAAAAAGAUAAAGUUUGACAUGUGUUGUCAAAUGGUUGGUUGUGGAACCCGUUUACAAUUUUAGUUUCUCCUAUUUAUAGCCACUAGUUGUAACUGUCUUGAUAACUGCUAGCUGGCCUCUUGCUCCAAACCGCCUCGGGGUCCCUAGUCGCCGCCUUGGUGACUAGUUGGUAACUGUCACCUUGGGGGCCGUGGUCCCGUCUUGGGGCUGGUGGUUACUAGAUGUUUUCGAUGCCGGGACAGGUUGGUGUUGAGCCUCUUUGCCCUGUCAUGACUGGAUAGGGUUGAGUCUCUUUGUAUUAGCCUCCAUGAUAAAGUGAUCACAUCCUCGACAACCUUGAUGACUCCACGCUCCUCAUCUUUCUAGCCACCUCGAUGAAUCGUCUUGAUAGUUAGGCCAUAUUACCCACCUAGACAGGAUGAGAACUUGGCCCAUUUACCCCCUAAGUCUCCACACUUAGUCUUAUUCAUGUUUUCAUGUCUUUGUACCAAGUCCUGCCUUGCCGGCUUGGUACCCUCUUGGUGCUUUGGCUUGGUACUUAGCCAAUCUUGCCCUGCUUGGCACCCUCAACCUACCAAGACUCUUUCAUCUUGGUACCCUAUCAUUUGGCCUCCUGUUGCUUUGGAUGGUAUGACACCCUGUCGUAUGGCCCCCUGUUGCCAUGGGAUUCCAUACUUAGCCAAAUUUACCCUCUUGGGGUCUUGGUACCCUGUUGCCUGGCUACCAAGCCUAUCUUGACGGCUUGGUACUCUGUUUACUUCAUACUUAGCCAAUUUUCAUGUCUUUUGGUAUCAAGCCUACCUUGUCGGCUUGAUACCCCUUUGGCUCCAUACUUAGCUUUUAGAAUCUCAUCAAGUUGGUACCUUGCCACGCUGCCGGCUUGGUACCCUGUUGGUGUCUUGGUACCAAGCCCUGCCUUUCCAACUUUGUACUCUUGACCACCUAAAAAUAACAUUUAUCUCGUCACCACCUUCAUUAGCCAAAUUUUGGCUUUGAUUUCAAAGCCAUGCACCCGUAACCUUUUAUAGAAUGCUAGGUCCCAACAAAGGAAAUAAAACUUAACUAACUCAAUUUCCCUUCCAUAUCAUGACUAGCUACUCAAGCCAUGUUUUAACAAAAAAGUAUCAUGCCAUGCAUUAGGGUGUGAAAGGUUGGCAUGUCGGCUGCUAUUAUGGCCGACUAACAUUGAACCCGCUAACAAUCCAUGUCCCAAAGAGAAGUUAAAUAGGGAUUGAAAUACUUGUCUUUGAUCAAAGGAUCAUGUAGCACCCCAUCCUCUUUCAAUAAGAAGGCCUCCUUGGAUGGGUUGUCUGGACGUUAAAGGGUCUAGGCCAAACACUCAAUCAACUACUCAUGUCAUGUAAGUAGCAUGGUACACUCAUCAACCUAGAGAUUUUAAAGGGAUCCAUAGACCUUGUUGCUUACCAGUCAUGACAAGGCCCUCACCUUCAAUGUUACAAAUCAAUCUCAAUUUUUGUU